AUGGAUCGCGCUCAGAGAGUGAACCAGGAAAUCCAGGUCCCCAGGCGGCCUAACCCAGCACACCCGCUCAAACAGAGGAUUAUUAGGAAAGUGUGGCACAUGCCCAGUCUGUCCAUUGAGCAGGCCGACGCCAUGCUCGGCAACGAGCCAAUUCUGCUGGGAAAGGGAGCGUUCGGAGUAGCGUAUCUCACCUCGAGGAAAAACGCAGUUGUAAAAUUCUCAUUUGAUUACACCGCCUAUGUAGCUGCCCUUACUGAGGCUCAAGCUAUGUCAGCUCUCAAGGCUGUUCCGGGAGUCCAGCGGCUCGGGGGCGUGUGUCUGGAGCGGGCCAUGAUCGCCACCGCGUACGCCGGCCCGAUUCUGUACGACUGGCUUUGCAAGGCUGAUGCGCUGCUCCCCGAGGAGUGGUUCGCCAUCGCCAUAAAGGUCGCCGAAGUCUUCCGGGCCAUCCACGCGAAGGGCAUAAUUCACAACGACAUCAAGAACGACAACAUCUGCGUGAAGAAAACCCCCAACGGCGUCAAGGUCACCGUCAUCGACUUCGGCAUGUCCAAGCGCGAAGGCCAACGCCUAUACCUGGGCGGAUCCUGGACUCGAGAUUCGCACUAUCCUCCCGAGUUCUUCAGGACUCAGGGUGGCAAAUGUAGCAGCCUCUCCGACGUCUACAGCGUCGGAAAGGUCCUAAAUCAGAUCUCGAGUUGCGUCAACUUGCGAACGACCUCGGUCCUGAAGUGGUACAAGAGUAGCCAGAGCGAGCACGCCGACUCUCGCGACGGUCUGGACGCGCUUCUGGAGGCCCUCAGGUCGAAAUAG